UUCUAAUUUUAAUGUCAUACCCCUAGAGCCCAGUAAUGAUGAUUUGUGUUUGCAAAAACAAAUUUGUUUUAGUAUUCCAUAAAUAAAAUUAAGCAAAAUUUAAUGAUCUUCGGAAAAAGUUUCCCCUGAAUUUACUGUUCCAAUAAGUUUAAUCCUGACCAGACCCCAAGUCUUUUAGGUUUUACCCGAUUGAAGGAUCCAACUCCUCUCUGAUAUAGGCAUGAACUGGUUGCUAUAUAUCUGCAUCCGGCUAAUGCCUGGAGUGUUUUUAGUUGAAAUAUACUACAAGUAGGGUAAUUCUAAACAUCUUGAGAAAGACUUUGCUAACAAUAAACGAUAGAAUUGGGGUUUGAAGAAGGUUUUACCAACUUUAAUGUUUUAAUGCUUCCUCUAGAUUCUACCUCUUACGUUUCUGAGUGCUCUCAUGAUUUUAAUACACUUCUCCUUACUUUGUAAGUGGAAACAUAUUCUUUCGUUCACUGUUGACGCCUUAUGAUCAGUGAACUGAUACCCAUGAUUAAGUUGCAAUUGUAAUGCUUAGAGGUUUUAUUGGUCAACUAGGAUUUCUGGACAUUCCAGAUAUUGAAUAGUGGAAGCAUGACCUCAGCAAGAGGUUGUCAAGUUAAAGAUCACAGAGUAUGAUAAGCAAUCUUUGUAAUGCUA